GGUAUUCAGUUGCUACGUAAACUUAAAACUUUGACGACGUGUUUCGAGACUUGCUCAAAAAGAACGAUUUUUUUUUUGUUUAGUGGUUAAGCGGGCGGUGUUUGUUUAUUUGAAUCGAAAGAAUUCGGAUUUGAAGAAAUCUAAUCUUUGUAAAUAUCAUCGCGGACAGUGUGUCGUAUGAUUAGUUAACAUUUUGUUUAAAUAAAACUGAGAACUUGUGCAUAAGAUGUGUUAAUUGUGACACCAUUUUUAUUCAUUCAUUUUGGAUUUAUACGUCGAGACAUUUAGGAUUACCUCACAUACAUUAUAAUACCAUAAGCAAACCAAAUAAAACACCCAACAUGUGGCGCAUAGUUGCUCUACUAUUUGUAUCAAAUGCAUUCACUCCGACGACAACACUUCCCCAAGGUGCUCCGGAAUCUGUUUGUGACACAUUGCUUCCAUUUCACGGAGGUGGCAUACGACCGAUGACUACCGUUUCACCAUUUAGCAUAGUACCGACAGCUUCGGCCGUUGGUCAAGGCCAAAUAUUAACCGUAGAAAUAAGAUCAGUUCCGCCAGAGCUGAGGUUCGGCGGAUUUAUGCUGCACGCAAGAACUACCAGUCCACCGUAUAAAGUCAUUGGACGAUUUGCUCCAUCCAUUGACGGACUAGUCAAAUUAAUUAACUGUGAUGGUGUUGAUAACACAGCUACUCAUGUAAGUCCCAGUCCUAAAGGUGACAUUGGCUUACAGUGGCAAGCUCCGAACGACUUCCUCGGCGAAGUUGUUUUUAACGCAACAAUUGCUCAAGAAUACGACAAAUUUUGGGUUGGUCUUGAAUCAACUCCCGUUCAAGUUGUACAAAGAGGUGCUGUAAUUCCACCGACAACCGGAAUAUCAACAACACGCCGUCCAGUCGCUUCCACCGUUCCGGCUUAUGUUCCACAAAUCAAAGCAACGCAACUCAACACCGACUCGAUCUACGAAGGAUGUGGAUCAACGAAAAAUUGCUUUGGAACGCCAAAUAAUUGCGUUACCAGUCAAAACUGCCAGGGCAUGGUUACUGUGGAAGUGAUUGGUGGGAAAUUCCAUUUUGAAUUAAAAUCGAUUGCAAAUAAUGUCCAGUAUAUAGCAGUGGGUAUAUCUACCGAUGAUCGAAUGGGUAACGAUGCAGGCAUGGAAUGCAUCCCAGAAAACGGUGACAUUCGUGCGUAUUCGUCGUAUGUUACAGCUCAACCCUUAGGAGCAACACGUCAACAGGUGCCGCAAAAUGUCAUAAGACUACAAAACUCGUCCUUUGUCGAUGGAGUAAUAUACUGCAAAAUCGAACGCGACGCAGUCACAACGAUUUUAGGAAAAGAGUUUGAUUUAAUCAACAACAAAUAUCACCUACUGGUAGCCCUUGGGAGUUCAGUCAGACCGGAUUCCGUCGACUACCACGACCAACGUUUGGCCUCGAGUCAAGCAAUCAAUUUAGGGGAAGUUCAAUAUCUGCGUGGCAGAUCAGUUCUGUUAUUCCGACUACAUGGUGCCUUCAUGUUAGUCGCCUGGAUCGGUGCAGCAUCCGCUGGCAUACUGUUGGCCAGAUAUUUCAAACAGACAUGGGUUGGUAGCUCAUUAUGCGGCAAAGAUCAAUGGUUUGCUUGGCACAGAUUCUUUAUGAUUGCAACGUGGGCAUUGACAAUUGCCGGUUUCGUAAUUAUAUUCGUGGAACUACGCGGUUGGUCGGCCGCCGACAAUCCUCAUGCGAUACUGGGAACAGUAACGACAAUUUUGUGUUUCAUUCAGCCGUUUAUGGCAUUGUUCAGACCGGGUCCCACCGACAAAAAUCGACCGAUAUUCAAUUGGGCACAUUGGUUUGUCGGAAACGCGGCACAUCUAUUGGCCAUCGUCACAAUAUUCUUCGCCGUACAGUUGACUGCAGCACAAUUACCGAGUUGGUACGAUUGGAUUUUGGUGGCGUUUGUUGCAUUCCAUGUUGUAAUGCAUUUCGUAUUUUCGAUUGCUGGAUGCGUCAGCGACCAAAGCAGUGCACGACGUGUGAAUUCCUUCCCGAUGACGGAUGUAUCGCCACGGAACAGCGUCAAAGAUCAACAGCGAAAAGUGGACGCACCGUAUGCUGGUCUGAGGAAGGGACUUCUUGCAAUUUAUCUGAUAAUUCUUUCACUGUUUGUGAUUGCGUCGGUGGUGAUUGCUGUGCUGGCCCCUAUUGGCGAUACAGUCCGAUCGCUACAAUCGGAUAUGCAGAAUUGAACGCUUUAGUCAGUAUUACUCACAUGCAACUCAUAAUUUAUUUACUCAGACUAUUUUUUAAAAUUAAAUUUAAAACAAAACGAAAAAAAAAUCCGACAAUUUUCUACCAUCGGGCAACUGGUUCUAAUAUGACGGGUUCUUUUUCGCACAAAAUCUGUGAUUUUGUGCUAAGAAAACAGAUUCCAUUUUGCAUCAUGUUGUUGACCAUUUCUCUCGCAAUUUUCGGGGCUUUAAAAUUUCACUUUACGUGCGACACAGAAAUGUAGCCACAGUAUUACCUUUAAGAAUGUUCGCCCCUCUGACAUCUUAUGUCUAGGUGAACUUAAUGAGAUAAUGAGUUAUCCAAGUCUCUAAAAGUUACAGUGACAACAGUGCGACAUAUCAGGACGUAAGUGAGUAAAGGGCUUAACAAAUGACCCUCAUUCACAAUAUUCUCACAAAUGAAAGCAAUUAGGUACUGGGUUUCAGAUUUUUAUUUUGACAAGUGUAGUGUUUACAUCUCGAGCCGCCGGCGAGGGCUGCAAUCACACAAUUGAAAUAGAUAGUUAUCUACACACCAUUACGUAGUAUAUUUUAAUCGUGAAGCGAAUUCGUCAAUCAAAAUUUAAAUUCAGCAGAAUUGUCAGAGUGGCGAAGCAAAUUUGUCCUCCAGCUGAGUCAUACAAUGACUUUGUAGCAAAGUCUUGCUUAUAUGAUUUAUAUGAUUUGGAAAUGCGUUUUUCCCGCUAUUUUUCCAAAAUUCUUUUGUCGCAUUAGUUCGAAAAAGUACUUAUCAAUCAAAAGACGAAAAAGUGAAAAUUUUAUAGCUUCAUUGCGAAUGAUUAAGACAGCACUAUGUUCUGUAACAACAGGGUAAUACACCUUCGAAGGCACACGUGACGCCCAAAUUAGAACACUUCACAUAAUAGUAGAUCACAUUGGAUACCGCGAAAAACCAACUUGUCGAAAAACACUUACUCAAGGAAGUUGCUCUGAAAGACACAAGUGACUUUGCGAGUAUGACAAGUAUUAAUGAAUUACGUAGCAGCAUCCAAUGUAUUCUAACCAAUGCGAAAGUUGAAUGUAUCAAAGAAAAUCACGUAAAAUGAACGGAAAUUUUUCCUUGUCUAAUGAAUCACUUUCGCAGGGGUAAAUUGCUAAUGUAAUUGUCAACUUUCGCAAGGAGCGGGCAAUAAUAAAAUUUUCCAUUUAAAGUUGUUGAUGUGCCACUAAGGUCUGAUCAAGUCAGAAGUGUCCUAACCGGUUGUUUUAGAACCUAGAUACAACAAAUAUCGUAAAUUAACGACACGCACCCCAUUCGUCCAUUUUAUGUUAACUUUGGCGCAGAGUAAAAUAUAAUGAAAUUAUUUAAUUAAAUUUUGUAUAUUUUGCUCCGAAUGCUCCUCUCUUUUGUAUGUAAAUUUUAUAUUUUAUUAGCAUUGUAAGUGUCUGUAUUUAUCAAUAUAAAAUAAAAUUUGUAAAUUAAUGUCCAUUUGUGCUAUAUUUUAUCCAACAAAAAUUAAUUUUUUUUUAUACUUUAAAAUCACUUUAAAACUUUAUUUUUAAAAUUAUAAUCGAAAUAUGAAACAACGAUCCAUUCAUGUUGGAUAUACACCAAUUAAUCUGUUGAAUUGAAAUCACAUUUUCAUUUAAAUUGAAAAUUCAUUCAAUCUACAAUUUCCCGCUAAACGUUUUUUCGUUUAGCCAAUUUGAUGUCAAUUAAUU